AUGGAAGUGACAUCGCAAGAAUCCGAUGUCGCCGGCAAGGCUCCCAACAUCCAUACUUCAAGUAGCACUAGUGACGUUGCUGAGGCGGAUUACAAGAUACCCACUUCUACAGAAGAGGAGACUGGAAAACCAUGCAAGAACCUGGACUCUGACAACAACCAAGAUCUAGAGGAAAACCAGGAGGGACAGCGUGAACCAAUGGAAGAAGAACAGCAGGAGAAUGAAAAGGAGGAACAAUCCCUUUUGGAUGAAGCCAAGCGGUCUAUUGCCUAUCCAGCAGCAAAGAAGAAAAAAAGCCAACAGGAUCCUCUGUUGCCCACAGCUACUAUCACCCCUGGUACUUCUACUGCUCAUAAAGUCACCACUGUAAGUCCCAUGUUGGCAGCCGAAAAACGAAACAUUGCUUAUCCCAAAAACCGUGGAACAGCUGCUCCAACAACAGAAGUCCCAGCUGUAGACACCAAUGCGCAGCAGCCGAUCCACAAAGAGAACCAGAUGAUGGCCAAUACUGCCAAAACUGAUGAGCCCAGUGCCCUCUUGGUGCAUGAAAAGCAACACAUUGCCUAUCCAAAAAGUGGGCCUUCUAGUAAGAACAGAGCCACCGGUAUUCAAGGACUUGCUGAGGCCGAUCAUCCGUUGCCCACUAGUGCCACUGCAGCUCGUAAAGUCACAACUGUGAGUCCCAUGUUGGCAGAAGAAAAGCAAUACAUUGUAUAUCCCAAAAGACAUGGAUCAGUUAGUCAGACACAAGUGCCACCAGCCGCCAUCUUCACUGAGCAAACCAUGGACGAUACUGCCAAAACUGAUGAGCCCAGUGCCCUCUUGGCACACGAAAAGCGACACAUUGCCUAUCCAAAAAGUGGGCCAGCUGGUAAAAGCAGAGCCUCCAACAAUCAAGGAGAUAGGUCUGGCACUGCGGAACCUGCACUGGCUGAUUCUACCAACAACAGCAACCAAGGGUGGACCAGCAAACCUAGCACCGGAAAUUCUACUCUCCUACAAGCUGCAAAAAGAACUAUCAAAUAUCCAAGAGGAGAGACAAACAGAACUGCGAACACGGAUGAAGUUCGCCUUGUUACGGUACAACAUAAUGACAAUCGUGGAAUUACGCCUUUGCUUCCGCCUGAAGGUAGCCUUACCACGGAAAAUUCAGAGCCUCCUCCUUCAGCGCUACAGCCAGGCCAUGACGAACCAUCCGUCCCUUCACCUGAAGCAAGCCACGAAGAAACAUUGUUCCAGGAAAGCAGAGAAGUGGCAGAGACAGUUGCCGAAGCAGAGAUUGCUCAACCACCUACGUUCAAUCAUGUUGAUUCCAAUAGUGGCUUGGCUGUGGCCAAUUUGGUAGUGGCAGACGAAACGACCACUCAGGAUCUGCCCCAGGCUCAAGAUUACAGUCCGGACGAAAUCAACAACAACAGAGAAGAAAAAAUGAAGCAAUUCAAAACCAAGGUCUUCUUGGGAGUCAUUGUCUUGUUGGCCAUCACUAUUAUUUUGGUAGCCAUCCUGAUUACUCGACGUCAAGAGGAGAAUGCAGAUCUUGUCCCAACAACCUCACCUAGUGAGAUGCCCAGCAGCAACCCAUCUCAGGGACCAUCAUCAUAUUCAGAGUACUGGCUGUCUCUUUUCCCUGAAUCAACAGUCUCUGCAAUUUUGGAGGAUCCAGAAUCGCCCCAGUCGAUGGCAUUUGAAUGGCUCACGGAAGAGAUUGACAUCCUACGCAACCUUACGGAGCAGAGAGUUGUACAACGUUUCGUCCUUGCAAGCUUCUAUUUUGCCAACAGCGACGAUCAAUGGUCCUAUAGUGACAAUUGGCUCAACCACAGUGUUCAUGAGUGCCUUUGGUAUUCAGGUUUGGAGGAUUUUUAUUUCUUUUUUGGGGCAGACCAACUGCUCCCACUGGAUCACAUCAGUCCCUGUGAGCAAGAUCCAGCGGGAUAUCUAGAGGGUGGUAUUUUGUACCAGGGAGAUGGAAUCAUGAGGCACUUGUGGCUGCAAUUCAAUGGCCUGGUGGGAUCAGGGAUUCCACCAGAGCUCUACUUGCUUACGGAACUUCGGAGCUUGGGGUUGGAUGAAUUGAACCUUACCAGCACCAUCCCAGAAGAGCUCUCUGGCCUUCCCAGUUUGGAGUAUAUUUCCAUGAAUUUUUGCAGCCUUUAUGGUUCCAUUCCUGAAGCACUUGGAAGUUUGUCAAAACUUGGAAUCAUGUACUUCGGCUGGAAUUCUUUGACGGGAACUCUUCCAUCAUCCCUGUUUUCCCUUACAAUGCAAUCCGUUGCUCUUCCUGAAAAUCAGCUGACAGGACCAGUACCAACAGAACUGGGAUUGCUAACAGCUUUGGGGGGUCUGGCACUUGACACCAACCUUUUCACGGGGACACUUCCCACAGAAAUUGGCCGAUUAACCGGGUUAGAGUCCUUGUAUCUGAAUAGCCUGAUUCUGAGUGGUGCUAUCCCCAAUGAGCUUGCAGCUCUUACAGACAUGAUACUUUUGUACCUGGAUAACUCGGGUUUUAGUGGGACAAUCCCUAAAUGGCUUGACAGCAUGACAUCCAUAGACACAUUGUUUCUGUCGGACAACUCCUUUACUGGGACUAUCCCAACAGAGCUUGGGCUUCUAACAGAGAUGCUUGUUUUGUGGCUUAAUUCGAAUGCUUUGUCCGGCACAAUCCCAACUGAAAUCGGAAUGUACGAGCAAGUCAGCCAGCUUUGUGGAUGUGACUUGUGUAUCUGUUCUGACAAUACAACAUCACAGACACUGGAGGGAGAAAGACUUGUCUAUGUAGACGGUCAGCUGCUACUGCUGAGUGAUGAGGGUUACCUGCUGCCGCUGAGUGAGGCAAACCUAACUGAGGGGAACCAAACUGAACCCUGA